GCGCGAGUCCCUGACCCGAGCGAAGAUGCGGUGAGCGAGCGGCCGCGGGACUGCUGCGCGGGGGCCCGCCGCGGCCAGCCGGACGGACCCUCCUCCAUCCAUCCGAGCGCACUUCGGGCAAGCUGCGGAUUCCGGGACCGGCCCGGCCGAGACACUCGCUCCCGGUCCCCUGGGCACCUUGCCGUAGUUUCAGCCGCUUUUGGCCCCUGGCCAGGGAGUGGUGUCCGUAUCACGUUCUCCGAAGAGUUCCUGCAUAUUCUCGGACCAUCCUAGGUGCUUUUUUUGGGGGAUGGGGGGGUUCUUUAUUUAUUUGCACGCGCUCAUCUGACUUCUUUCUACGGUAUUUUCCGCGGCACUCUCCUUUUUUCCCCUCUCAUUUUGCUGCUUGUCUGAGACUUUUGUCCUGGACCUUUUCCAGGCUUGGGUAAGUGUGUGUGUCCGCACUUCCCCCCUUUGCACGCUCAAAUCCGAAUUUUUUUUCUUUUUCCAAGAUUCUACCCCACCCCACUCCCGAGGGGUCCCAAGCACUCUACGCUCGCUCUCUUGUACUCCCCGCCCCCCAUUGCCACUGGGUUACUCCCAGCAAAGAGUUUUCUUUUUUCAGUCUUGCCCGGGCCAAGCCAAGCCCAGCCGGGGCCGGUGGCUUAGCGGGGGCUCUCACCCCGCGCUCGGCCGCCGCCGCCCAGCUGCGCCCGGGCGCCCUCCGGAGAUGCUGCCGUGGAAGAAGCACAAGUUCGAGCUGCUGGCCGAGGCGCCGCCGCGGCAGGCGUCCAAACCCAAAGGCUACGCCGUGAGCCUGCACUACUCGGCGCUCAGCUCGCUAGCGCGGGCUUGCCCCGAAGGCGCCCUCAGCCGGGUGGGCAGCAUGUUCCGUUCCAAGCGCAAGAAGCUGCACAUCACCAGCGAGGACCCUACUUACACCGUGCUCUACCUGGGCAACGCCACCACCAUCCAGGCGCGCGGCGAUGGCUGCACCGACCUAGCCGUGGGCAAGAUCUGGAGCAAGAGCGAGGCGGGCCGUCAGGGCACCAAGAUGAAACUGACCGUGAGUGCGCAAGGUAUCCGCAUGGUGCACGCGGAGGAACGCGCCCUGCGUCGCCCGGGCCACCUCUACCUGCUACACCGCGUCACCUACUGCGUGGCGGACUCGCGGCUGCCCAAGGUCUUCGCCUGGGUGUACCGGCACGAGCUAAAACACAAGGCGGUGAUGCUCCGCUGCCACGCGGUGCUCGUGUCCAAACCCGAGAAGGCGCAAGCCAUGGCCCUGCUGCUCUACCAGACGUCGGCCAACGCUCUGGCGGAAUUUAAACGCCUCAAGCGGAGGGACGAUGCGCGUCACCAGCAGCAGGAGCUGGUGGGGGCACACACCAUCCCGCUCGUGCCGCUUCGCAAGCUGCUCCUGCACGGACCCUGCUGCUACAAGCCGCCGGUGGAGCGCAGCCGCAGCGCGCCCAAGCUGGGCUCUAUCACCGAGGACCUGCUCGGGGAACAGCAGGAGCAGGAGCUGCAAGAGGAAGAGGAGCACCUCGACGAUUGCCUGGAGGAGGAGGAGGAGGUGGAGGAGGAAGAGGACCGUGUGGGGGAUGGGGACCCGGCAGAAGAGGAAGUCGAGGUGCAGAGGGCGCUGGUGGCGGCUAUGCACCUCGAAUGUGGGGACUUGCUGGACACGCUGGAGAAUGGCCACGAGGAGGCGCUGGGAGACGGCGGGGUCUCGCUGGGCCCCGGGUCCGGGACGCAGCCUCCAUUACCCGGCACUGCUUCGGAUAUGAAGGCCCAGCUGGCCCAGUUAAUUAGCGACCUGGGCGACCUCAGCUUUGGCAACGACGUGCGUACUCUGCAGGCCGAUCUGCGGGUGACACGCCUGCUGUCGGGGGACAGCACGGGCAGUGAGAGCUCCAUCGAGGGUGGAGGCCCCGACGCCGUGUCCUCGGCCAGCGGGGACCGGCCGGUCCUUGCUGACAACUCCAGCCCAGAAGAGCCCCGCUCGGGGUGUGCGCCCUGAAGACUGUUCUUCGCGUCCCGGCACCCUUAGUAGCUCCCUAUCCGUGGUUCUGACCACAUUCCUAUCCUGUCGGGGCACUUGGGGCCUAGGUCUGACCUUGGGUUUCUUUUGGCCACGUCCCUUCUGCCUCUUUUCCCAGCACUUUUUGUGUUAGUGGGUAGAUGUAAGAGGAGAAAACCUGCAGAGGCAGCCCUCUGGGCGUGGGCGACAGAAGGGAGGCUUGAAGUUGGAAAAGUCCAGGGCUGGCCAGAGGUGCCUGCAGGCUAGUUUCCUGUUUGUGAGGCCACUGGGGCCUGGGAGGAGCUUCCUUGCCCGACCUCUUGAAUGGGAGGCCCCUCCGUACUUUGUCAUUUAACAAAGUUGCUAUCACGAUGUUUGAGGCUUUAUAAUGCCACCUUCCUGCACCCAGUAGGUUUUUUGUUUUGUUUUGUUUUGAUUUUUGGUGUGAGAGCUUAGGCUGUUUACCUCAGACUCACACUUGAAAUUCUGCCAAAUUUCUCAAGUCACUGUGUUUUAUUUGGGGAUGGGAUAUGAAAGAAAAAUGCAUUUUGUUUACAGUUAAAGACAUCUAACAAGUUUUCCCUUAGAAACACACACUUUUCUCUCAUCCCAAAAGACCUCACUCCAUGAUGUCGUGUAAUAUAUUUUUGCACUGUUGUGAAGUAUUUUUUGACAUCCUUUUUUUUUUGUACAUAACUGUGUUCUCAGAGCUGAAUGUUUAUAUAUCUUUUGCUGUGCAAAAGAAACAUGUAAAAUGUUGUUCAGUUGUAUAUACGGAAAUGUGUAUAAAGCAUUUUGUUAUUUUUUGAGUAGCACUGUUCUGCUUUUGCUUGCACAUCAGUGGGGAGAGAAUAAAGAGGAAAAGCUAUUGGAA